UCCGUCGUCUCGCGAGAUCGACGGAGUCCAGCUAAGGCCAGAGAUCGACCGGUCUGCCGGCGUGCCUCGCCGGAGAGCGGCGGUACACGCACGCUUCGACCGGCCAUUGUGAUGGACCAGCGGGCGGCCUGCGGCGGCGAGGGAGGGGGCGGCCUGCGGCGGCGCCCGUACAAGGGCGUCAGGCGGCGGCAGUGGGGGAAGUGGGUGUCGGAGAUCCGGGUGCCCGGGACGCGGGAGCGCCUGUGGCUCGGCUCCUACGCCACCGCCGAGGCGGCCGCCGUCGCGCACGACGCCGCUGUCUGCCUCCUCCGCGGCGGCGCCGGCGGCCUCAACUUCCCGGGCCGCGCGGCCGCCUACGGCCGCGUCCUCCACCACGGCGGCGCGGGCCAGCAGCUGUCCCCACGGUCGGUGCAGCGCGUGGCGUCCGACGCCGGCAUGGCCGCCGACGCGCAGCUCGUGGAGCUGCGCGAGCGUGUUCCCGCGCCGCCCGGCCAGGAGACGGCGCCGGACGGUGGCAUUGGCGCAGUGCAUGGUGGUGCGGGUGCCGGAGAGCAAGUGGCCUACGGUGGUACGAGGAGCUGCAGCCCCGGCGGCGAGCAGCUUGUCUAUGGGGAGCUGAGUGUGGACGACAUAGAGAUCGUGACCAUGUUGCAGUCAUUGUAGUUGUAGAUCGUCAAAUUUUGCAGACCAAUAGCGCUGUAAAAACAAUUUCACCGCUUGAGCAAGAUUCAGCAAGUAUACGGCUGCUAGUACUGCAGUGGUUCUCCUUUUCGAAAUCUGGUGACAUGCACUUUACGUUUUAGCUCUACGUUUUAAUCUUCUUCUUUUUUUUCUGCAUCGACUUUAUUUUUAUCUGAGAUGGAGACCAUACUAAUACAUCAAGAUGAUAUAUGACAUAUA